AUGGAUCGCUACAAGAAGCUUGACAAGAUAGGCGAGGGAACCUACGGCGUGGUCUACAAAGCGCAAGAUGCCAAUGGCAAUCUCUGUGCCUUAAAGAAGAUCCGGUUGGAGGCAGAAGACGAGGGGAUUCCAUCGACAGCCAUACGCGAGAUUUCCCUGCUUAAGGAGCUCCACCAUCCCAAUAUCGUUCGACUAAUGGAUGUCGUCCACACCGACAAACGCUUAACCCUCGUGUUUGAAUAUCUUGAGCAGGAUCUCAAGGAAGUUCUCGAUGCAUGCCGCCCCGCUGGAUUGGAGCCACAAGUCGUCAAAUCAUUUUUGUACCAACUCUUGAAGGGCAUCGCUUACUGUCACCAACACAGAGUUUUGCAUCGAGAUCUCAAGCCCCAAAAUCUGUUGAUCAGCAGAGGCGGAACUCUCAAACUCGCAGACUUUGGCCUCGCCAGAGCAUUUGGCAUCCCAGUUCGAUCAUACACUCACGAAGUUGUAACUCUGUGGUACCGGGCUCCUGACGUUCUGAUGGGCAGCAACACUUACUCUACGCCUGUCGAUAUUUGGAGUAUAGGAUGCAUCUUCGCGGAGAUGGUGAACGGGCGACCCCUGUUUCCAGGCUCGAAUAACGAAGACCAGCUCCAGCGAAUCUUCAAGGUUUUAGGGACGCCUGCUCCAACUGAAAGCCUCACGGGUUUGCCGCAGUGGCGCAAUAACUUCAAGUAUUACCCACCGUUGAAGUGGAAAUACAUCGCCCCCGGCCUGAGCGACUGCGGGUUGGAUUUGCUUUCCAAAAUGUUAGUCUUUGAGGCGUCCGAGAGGAUUUCGGCGAAGAAAGCCAUGCAGCAUCCGUAUUUUGAUGACUUGGAUCCUGCUCUCCGGGAUACGAACUAA